AUACACCUGCAUGUCGCAUUGUCGCAUUAAUCACGAUUCGUUUUCGUAUUUACUUCUCACUUUUCAGUAUUUUCAAAAUAGUUUGAAAAAAAGCAUACGCAAACUUUUUUAUUAUUAAUUAUAAAUUAAUACACAGUGCACACUGCACUGUGACUUUAAAAUUAAAAAAGUGCGAGUACGCGAAUUGUAAAUAGGAAUCGGAGUCUGAAGUAUUAAAAUGGAUAAUGAUAUGCUAAUCAAGAAUGAUUUAAAAACAGUUAUUGAAGGAACUCGAGCCUCUAAUAAAUUGCCAAAUGGCGUGAACUGGAAUUUUUAUAACAGCUACCCUAAAUUUAAAAAAGCUGUUUCAUUACGUCAAAAUCAUGUUCUCAAGUUAAUAUCUGCAUUAUUGAAAAAUCAAAAAAUCGCUGGUAAUAUUCGAGAUAAAGAUGAUGAUCAUCAGUUUGAACUUAUUGAAGAAGGAAAUGACACAAUCUUAGACAGAGUGACUCACAAUAUUGAUACAUUAAAUGGGUCUUUCAAAAAUGUGGAUGUAUCUGUCGUCCCUAAAGCUUUUAUAUCUGAAUCUACUGACAAUACACAAGCAGCAAACAAAAAAAGAAUAUUAGUACAUGGACGUAAUAUUGAAAGACCACAAAUAAAAUUUAAGAUCAAAGUUGAUAAUAGACCAGUUCCGUUUAAACCCCUUCUUACUAGUAAGCCAAACAGUAAAGUACCAUUGGAUUUAUGUUUGGAAACAAAUGAUGAUGGAAUCAUGUUUUAUAAACAUCCCUAUCAAUUAGAAUUGGAUGAAUUUAAGGUUCCAGUUGAACAUUUAAAUGUCUCAAAAGCUGUUUAUCCUGCAACACUAGAAGAUACAAAAUUUGUUGAAGUAUAUACAGAAGAACAAUUGAAUUUAAUGAUUUCAGAUUUAGAAAACGUCAAUGAAUUAGCUAUUGAUUUAGAGGCACAUAGUUAUCGAACUUAUCAAGGGUUUACUUGUUUAAUGCAAAUAUCUACUAGAAAUGCAGAUUAUAUUAUAGAUACACUACAUCUUCGUGAAAAAUUGCACGUACUCAAUGAAAUAUUCACUAAUCCUGCUGUAGUCAAGGUAUUUCAUGGAGCAGAUAGUGAUAUUCCAUGGCUGCAAAGAGAUCUGGGUUUAUAUAUUGUCAAUAUGUUUGAUACGUAUCAAGCUGCCAAAAUAUUGAACUUUUCUAGAAAAGGGUUAGAUUUCUUACUUAAACAUUAUUGUAAUGUAGAUGCUGACAAAGCAUUUCAACUGUAUGAUUGGAGAACAAGGCCAUUAUCACCUGAAGCUAUAUAUUACGCCCGUUGUGAUACUCAUUAUUUACUCUAUGUGUAUGAUAUGAUCAAAAAAGAUUUAAUGGCAAUGUCUACUAACCAGUGUAACUAUAUCGAAUUAGUAUUCCAGCGAAGUGCUGAUGUGUGCAAAACGAGGUAUGAAGUAAAUAUUUUAAGCGAUGACAGUCACUUGAGCAUGUAUAAGCGGAGUAAAAAAAUGUUUGAUAUUCAGCAAAUGUAUGCACUCAAACAUAUAUACGCUUGGAGAGAUAAAUUAGCGAGAGAAUUGGAUGAAAGCCCAGGAUACAUUCUACCAAAUCAUAUGUUGCUUAAAAUAUCAGAAAUGUUGCCCAAAGAAUCAUAUGGCAUACUGGCUUGUUGUUCCCCAAUACCCCCAUUGGUCCGACAAUGUCUGCAUGAAAUCCAUUACAUCAUUAAAAAAGCAAGGGAACAGACUUUUGAAAAUCAGGCCGAGAAGUUAAACGAAGAUAAAAGCUUUACACAAGAUGUGGUCAAACAUAUUGAUGUAGACAUGAUAAGCUUACACGAUUAUUCUAAAUCAAAAGAAAAUGUAGAAGAAGUAUUACCCACAUUAUUAAAUGAUAUAAAUAAAUUAGUUGAAGAUGAUAUUGAAAUUGUAUAUUUUACACCACCACAAAUUUCUAUAUUCCAAGAAGUGAACAAAAAAUCAAGAAAGCAUAUUGGUUUAACAAAUAUUGUUUAUAAACAGCCAUAUGAGCUGUAUUUAAAAACAAUAAAAUAUAAUAAUUUUAAGAAAUCAUUAGAGGUAAAAGAUAAAAUCAGUGAUGAUAACAAUAAACCGUUAAAUACUACCAUCCCAAUGGAGUGUCCGGACAAACUUCAUUUGACACCUCAAGUUCAAGAAAUUAAAAAAGAAAUUACUGACCUUACAAGUGUAAAUAAAAACAUUCAGAGUACAAUUAUGAAGGAGAUAAAAACUGAUAACCAAAGUUCUAGCACGAGUUCAGCUUCCCAAAAUCUUACAAAUAAUUCAAGACAAAAUACCAAUUUUAAACCUCAUAAAUAUGAAAACACAGAUUUUACUAAAUUUCACAAUCAAUCAAAAGAUGUCAUGUUAAUAGCUAAACGAUUGCAAAAGGUAAAUAUGAAAUGUAUUAAUUAAAAUUGUUGUUAACAG